GAGCACGAACGACGAACUGCGUACGGCAUGGCUUUCUUCAUAUCGCGAUCAUGGCGGUUACCCAAGAUCAUAUGGUUUCUCAUGAUGUUUGAGCUACCGUUUACCGUCGCUAAUCUUGCGCUUUUCGGCAUCGCAUCGCCAAACCUCUAUCGCACCAUCUUGUGGCGGGUCGGAGGGGAAAUGGGCUUCAAUUCCGACCCGAGCACCAUCCUGUACGCAUAUGCAAACUACCGGCCAGUCAAUAUACCCUUGGUAUGGAGCAGCUUCGCAACACAGUACCACCUUGUCAUUGGCGUCGUGUGCAUGUUCUUCUGGCUAGUCAAGGCUACCCUUUGGCUCCUCAAGGUCUUCUUUCCCAUCCUAUCGCUGCUACUCCACAUCGGUCUUACGUGCCUUUGGGCAUAUGGCAUCCACAUCCAGACGUCGCCCGACACCAUCGACCCGCGGCGCCAGAACAAGGGUGCGCCCUGGUAUCUCACCAAGAACUGCAAUAUCGUGGAAGACAAACACAUAAAAAGUUACUGUAUGCAAGCGAAGAGUAGCUUUGCAGUCAGCAUCAUCAUGAUGUCUAUUUACGCCGCGUUUGUGAUUCUAUCUAUCUACUCUCUCAUCCCCACUUCCGCACAAAGACAAGCCCACGCCGCCAAACAAGCCGAGAAGAAGGCCGAAAAGGAGAAAUGGGCGUCGUCGCCAUACGACAACGAGAUGACAGCCGAGGAGCAAUGGCAGCAUAUGUGGGAACUCCAACAACUACCGCGUACUCCAGGGACCAUUGGUGGAAUGAAGAGCCCUAUGACGCCGCGCACACGAGCUUUCAGCGACCUGGGUGGCGAGGAGGCGGCACACGGGGGCUAUUACAGUAAUGUCCCAGCCGCAGGGAAUGGGUGGUAUGGUCCACCACACCAUGGGGGCAUCGCGGUGCAGACCGUUAGUCCAGUAAUGGAGCAAGACGAAUACCAGUACCAUUACGGUCAGGAAGGAAAAGGAAAGGCGCCGGGUUGGAGUGGUAAUGCAUAUUGAUUGCGUCGUAUCUAAAUCGUCUUGCUUUUUGUUAUGGGAACAGGCGUUUGAGCGUGUGACUUUUCGAGAUACCAACUUGGGAACUAAGGGAUUCACUCAUUACUGGAUCAUGAGGAAACUGGGACAUACCUACCAGGAUAUCUAUAUUAUUAUUGUAUUACCUU